GCUAGACUACAAAAAAUCUUUUUUAAUUUAUGGAGAAAACCAAUGCAUAACGAACAUAUAAACUCAGAACAAAACUGGAUUUGGGACCAAUCUAUUCAACAAAACAAUAAUUUAUUUAAUAAUAAACAACAAAAAAUAAUUAAUAAUCAACAAUUAAAUUACGAAUUUUGGCAACAACAAAAUUCAUCACAAAUUAAAAUAACAAAGAAUGAUAAUUUAAAUUUAUAUAACAAUAAUACAGGAAUAUCAUCACAAAUACAAAGUAAUCCCUCCCGUGAAUUAGUUGUUAUUAGACAACCAGAAGAACAACACCGUGCACGUUAUGCAUCUGAAGGAAGUCGAGGAGCAGUCAAAGACCGUUCUGGAACUUCUUAUUGUUCUAUUCAGCUAAAUGGAUAUUAUCGCCCAACCCGCGUUGAAAUAUUCGCUGCGGAACGAGAAUAUUCUUCAAAUGUUCCUAGUUUUGUGCCACAUUCACAAUACAAAUUAGUUCCCGUAUUGGGAAAGUCAGCAACGAUGACACCCUGCAGGAAAAUAAUUAAAAAUAACGGGUCAGAAUGCCUGGAAAUUAUUCUAAGGCCUGAAAAUAGAAUGAUUGGAAUUUUGGAUUGUAUCGGAAUUAUGAAGAUAUGUGCUUACAACAAUAAUAAAACAGUUAAUAAUAAUUAUGAACGUAAAAGACAUUCAAAAAACAGAAAAAGGUCACGACAAUCAAAUAAUAAUGAUGAUAAUGAGGAAUAUAAUCAACAAAAAGAAAAAUAUUUAGAAAAAGAAUAUCAAAAUAAUAAUAUUCUUUAUAUUGUUGCUAAGGCAUUUUUACCUUUAGACGGAAGUAAUAAAGAAGAAAAACAAAAUUGUGGAAAAGUUGAAAAUUAUGAAAUUAUUGAGGCUGUUACUGAACCAAUUAAAUGUGUUCAUCAAGUCGGAAACCCAGAUAUUUUAAAAAUAUCACUAGAAUCAUGUCCUUCUAACGGAGGUCAAGAACUUUUUAUCAUUGGAAGAAAUUUUGAUCCAAAGGAUACAAAUGUUUUAUUUAGAGAAUAUAAAAAUGAUGGUUCACUUGGCUGGACAGCUAAAGCUGUAAUUGAUAAACGAUUUUUACACCAAUGUUAUAUUGUGUGCACAAUUCCCCCUUAUCGAAGUAAUUGUCGAGGGGCUACUGUUUCUUUGACUGUUGUUUGUGGGUCUAAACAAAGCCAUCCAAUUAAUUUUUUAUAUACAACUUGUGAAGUUGAGGAUGAUGAUUGGCGACCACCAGAUUGCUCUUUUUCUUCUAAUGCUGAAUGCUCCUCUUCCUCUCAAUUAACGUGGUCCUCUUCUAUUGCUGUCCCACACCAACAAGAAACUCAAAAUUAUUUUUAUGAUGAAACACAAAAACAACAAUUAUUUAAUAAUUCUUUUCAAAAUGAAAAUUAUUUAAACAGAAACAACUUUGAUAAUUCAUUUAUUUUCGAUGGUUCAAGUAGCACUUCUAUUAAUCAACAAUAA